AUGUCGUCGUAUAAAUACCUAUUCAAGUACAUUAUCAUAGGAGACACAGGUGUGGGAAAAAGUUGUCUCCUUCUCAGAUUCACCGAUAAAAGGUUCAAACCCGACCAUGACCUCACCAUAGGCGUCGAAUUCGGCACCAGACUGAUAAACGUCAGGGGAGACAACAUCAAACUACAAAUAUGGGACACCGCCGGACAGGAGAGCUUUCGCUCUAUUACGCGGUCCUACUACAGAGGAGCUGCAGGUGCUCUCCUCGUCUUUGACAUAUCCCGACGCUCCACAUUCGAACACCUAACGAAGUGGUUGGAGGAGGUCAAGGAUCACGGUUCACCGACCAUGACCAUCGUACUUAUCGGAAAUAAAACGGACGUCAACAACCGCGAAGUCGAGUACGACGAAGGCAAGGCCUUUGCGGACGAAAACAAUCUCAUCUAUAUGGAGACGUCAGCCAAAGGCGAUUACAACGUGGAAGAAGCAUUUCUCACUACCGCAUCGUUGAUAUACGACAACGUAAUGCGAGGCAUGUUCGACAUCGAAUCGGGGGUGUACGGAGUUAAAAAGGGACCACAGGCUAACAUCAACUCAGUGAGAAGAGCCGUCAACCUGCGCCACAACGGGUCAGGCACUUUCUCAGGUCAAUUGCGCACAAGGAGCCAAAAGAUGACCUCGAGGAUGCACGCCGCCAACGCAAAUAUGGCCAAAAGCCAGCAAAUGCGACAGGAAACAAACACGGAAGAUGUCUUUUUGCUGGACCUCGAGGGGAAAAUUGACCAACUGAAAAAUGUCAGCACAGACUUACACUCUGAGCUUAAAUAUUCGAAAACGAGGGUCGACACUUUGCGCGGAGGAUUGGACGAAGCACAAGGAUAUGUCAAAGAUGGCCUCGGCAAUAUGUCGAAGCUAAUGCGCAACAAGAAGGGGAACGUCGCAAUGAUGAAGCUUACCCUUCUAACCGCUACAGUUCUGUCGGUACUUUACGUAGUAGUCAAAAUCGCACUGAAAAGAAUGACCGCGUAA